GUGCGCAGAUUUCAAAUGUGGCGUUGAAAUCUGUUUUGUAUCUUUGGUUCUGUAGUUCUCUUAACUAUGAGUAAUUUCGCUUCCUCUGCAUUUUCUUGUGCUUUUAAAAGCUGGAAGACACAUGGACGUGGAUUGUUAAUUGUUGCCCGCUAUGGAAAUAAUGCGUGGAGUACGUACGAAAAUCUAACACUCUCACGGGUUUCAGACGUUGAUGUUCACGAAGAUUGCAACAUUUCAGGGCAUUGCAAAACGGCCGAAUGCCGCAAAAGUAGUAAAAGUCAAAACCCAGGGGGACCUUCAGAAGGUAGUGGUUCCCUCAACUCCGCCAAUGUGAACCAUCAUAGUAUCGGUUCUAAGGAACGUCUUGGUGGUGCUGGAGGAGGAGGCUCUGGAAAUGGCACUGGCUCUUUCAUAAGAUGUAACAAAUGUGGUGGUCCUUUAAAAUCUCUUGAUCCAAAAGCAUCAUAUAUAUCACGUUUCAUGGAGUGUGAAGCAUGUGAACAACUCUACGAAUUAACAGAUAAGAGUGAUCUCUCAUCAUUUAGUAAUGUAGACGAAAGCCGACAUCUUUCGCUCGUUAGUCCUAAGGAGGCAAGUCAUUCUUUGUGCAAAUAUGUAGUCUUUUUAAUACCUUGUUUACUCUUAAUUACUAGUUUCGUAUUUACAGUUUUUAGUGUCUAUGACGCUAUUGUCGCGAUAUAUUGUAGUAGAAUAUCUUCGGGAUUAUUCCUAUACUUCGUAUAUCACUCGUCCUGAUAACCGUCAUUAUAAUAAUUUCCCAACAGUGUUUACAUUUCAGAAGCAAAUACAGCUUAUUUUCGCUCACCACAGAACAAACGACCAUCAAGCACGAUGCGAAUACGAAUAUGAAUGAAUGAAUAGAAAUUAAAAUGCACAGAUUUAUAAGGAUGCAAAUGAGUCAUCAUGCGUUUUAAGUAAUUGACAUCUAGGUUAGUAAGAGGAAUAUAUGUGUGAACUGUAACACAUUCUCAAUCAUCUAUGAUCAUACAACUUACUUAUGCCUGUUAUUCGUGAAGGAGCAUAGGCCGCUCACCAGUACUCUCCAUCCAACCUUGUUUUGGACAAUCCUUUCCAGCUCCUUCUAGUUGUUAUUCAUCCUUUUCAUAUCUGCUUCUAUUUCCCGACGUAAUGUGUUCUUUGGCUUUCCACUUUUCCGCUUCCCAUCAGGACUCCAAGUUAAGGCUUGCCUCGUGGUUCAGUUUGAUGAUUUUCUCAAUGUAUGUCCUAUCCAUUUUCAUCGUCUUUGUUUGUUCUUUCCCGUAGUAGGCUGUUGCUGACGGUAUCCGACCAAUGGAUGUUGAGUAUGUUGAGGUAUACUGCUGCAAACGCUGAUGCUACGCAGACUGUCUUCACCUAUAUCUGUUGGCGUGUAUGAGAUAGAAGGACUAGGUCUUCUACAAAUUCCAAAUUCUUUAGUUGCAUGAGAGCUGUCCAUUUUAUCUUGUGUUUUCCCUCAGAUGUCGAGGUCUUCAUAAUCCAGUCGACCACCAGAGGAAGGAGAAAGUGGAAGGGAGAGAGUAGACAGCCUUGUCUGAGUCCGGUCCUUAUUUGAGAUGCAUCUGUCAGCUGUCCUCCAUGCACGACCUUGCACUGUAGUCCGUCGUACUAGUUCCGGACAACUGACAAUCUUCUCAGGAACUCCGUAGUGUCGAAGAAGUUUCCAUAAUGUCCUCCUAUCUACACUGUCGAAUGCCUUUUCAUAAUCAAUGAAGUUGAUGUACAGUGACGAGUUCCACUCAACUGACUGUUCGAGGAUGAUCCGUAGUGUCACAAUUUGGUUUGUACAAGACCGAUCCCUAUGGAAUCCAGCUUGUUGUUCUCGAAGUUAGACGUCUACUGCUUCUUUCAUCCGGUUCAGUAACACUCUGUUGAAGACUUUCCCUGGUACUGACAGUAGUGUGAUUCCUCUUUAGUUUUCACAUUUGCUCAGAUCUCCUUUCUUUGGAAUGUUGAUGAGGUGUCCUUCUUUCCACUCCAUCGGCACUUGUUCCUCCUCCCAAAUAUUUUUGAAUAGAAGGUGAAGCAUGUUUGUAGUUACUUCGAUGUCUGACUUCAGUGCUUCGGCUGGUAUAUUGUCGGGUCCUGCUGCUUCCCGCUCUUGAUUUGUCUGAUGGCCAUCCUGAUUUCUUCGGUCGUUGUGGAGGGAUAUGUAUAGGAAGGUCUGUGUGUGCUGCUUCGACGUCCGUAGGAUUCAAUGUAGCUGGUCUAUUCAAGAGGUCCUCAAAGUACUCUACCGAUCUGUUCCUCUGUUCUUGAAUUUCAGUAAUUGGUCUGCCUUCUUUGUCCUUGACAGGUCUCUCUGGUUUGCUAUAUCUGGUGCCCCCUUGUACCAAUAUUUAUGUGUUCAAAUGAAUAAAAAAUAAUAAUAUAUCUCUCUGCUAGUUUCUUCGUUGUAUCAUAUAGUUGUUUCAUAUUUCCUUGUCUUGCAGCUUUUUCUGCCGUCGUUGCUAGUUCUUCCACGUAUUUCUGCUUGUUGGCUUCAAUGCUCUUCUUCACUUGCUUGUUUUCUUCUGUGUACUCAGCUUGUGCUUUGGCUUUCUCUGCUCGUGUUCGGCUGUUAUUAAUUGCUGUUUUCUUGUUCUUCUCUUCUUUGAUCUUGUUCAGUGUUUCUUUAGAGAUCCAUUCCUUAUGAUGAUGCUUCUUGUGGUCCAGAACCUUCUGACAUAUUGAAGUUAAUACUUUUCUGAUACCUUUCCAGUUGUCCUCCAUAGUAGUUUCUUCUUCUUUCAGUAGGUCCUGUAAAGCUUGGAACCUGUUGUUGAGAGCUAUCUUGAAUUCGUUGAGUUUGUUGGUAUCUCGUAGGAAGGCUGUAUUGAACCUUUGUAGUGCUGUUUGUCCAGUUGUCCAGUUCUUCUUUAGCUUCAGUUUUAAAUUGGCCACAACUAGGUGGUGAUCUGAAGCUAUAUCAGCUCCUCUCCUGCUUCUCACAUCUUCCAUUGUUCUUCGAAAUUUUUUAUUGAUUCAAAUAUGAUCUAUCUGGUUCUCUGUGGUGUGGUCCGGUGAGAUCCAUUUAGCUUUGUGCAUACGUUUGUGUAGAAAUAUUGUGCUGUCUAUAACCAAUUUGUUGAAUGCACAUAGAUUUGUAAAUCUUUCCCCAUUUUCGUUUCUCUCUCCCAGUCAAUCUAUGUUGUCCCAUGAUAUCUUCAUAUCCGGUGUUGUCUAUUCCGAGUUUGGCGUUUAGAUCUUCCAUCAGAAUGUUGAGGUCCUUUCUUGAGCAUUUCGCUAUGGUUGAUUGCAGCCUCUCAUAGAAUCGAUCUUUAUUGUCGUCAUUGAUAUCAUUGGUGGGUGCAUAACAUUGGCUAACAUUCAUUGUGAUCCCCUCCUUCUUUGUUUUGAAUGAUGCUUUGAUGAUUCUGGAUCCGUGAGAUUCCCAUCCAACAAGUGCAUUUCGUGCUUGUUUGGAUAGCAUUAGAGCAGCUCUCUGAGUGUGUGGAGCAUUUUCCUUUUGGUGGCCGAAGUACAGCAUCAUCUCUCCCGUAUUUAGCCUUUGUUGUCUAGCUUGGGUCCAAUGGGUUUCGCUGAUUCCCAGUACUGCCAAUUUGUAUCUCCUCAUUUCCGUUGUUAUUUGACUGGUCUUCCCAGUCUCCCACAUUGUCCAGACGUUCCAUGUACCUAUAAAAAUUGUUGCUCUGGUUGUUAGGAGGGGCAUCAACCUCGUGGCUUCCGAAGGAACUUGGCUUUCACCAUUAAGCGUCAUAAUUGUUCUAAAUGAAGACCUUCUAACUCCCAGGGCAAAGUUUAAAUGGUUUGAAUUAUUUUUUCUGGUUGGCGUUUUUUUUAACGAGUUAGUUUUCUACGGGAUGGGGUCGCUAACCCCAUGCCCAACUCUCCUCCUUUACUCGGGCUUGGGACCGGCAGUAACUCUAGAAGGGCUACAGAUGGAGUUAUGAUCAAAGAAGCCUGGGCAUAAUAAUAGUGCGGUUGUUGCCGACACAAAUGAGACUUGAAUAAGUUAACUAAAAGGCUCGAUAAAUCUAAACAUGUACAAACCCGAGUUUCGGUGAUGACAGUAAAAUAAAAUGAUGGAUUAGUCGGAUUAAUUCUUUCUAUCCAACUGACCCCUGUAGUCUAAAUAAGAAUAAAAUCGGUAAGUGGUUAGUGCUAGAGAUCAUAAGAGUUUCGGCAAUAAUAACCAUAUAUUUCUUGGCAGAUAUGAAAGUCAUUUAUGGUCCACGCUUGUUAGCACAUCAGUAUGGUGUAUGUCUACGAUUUCGAGCGAAUGUAUGUGUUCCAAGUUUCAAAUGUACACUGCUUAAGCACCCUAACCAUUAACACCAGGACUUUCUUAGCGUAAACUAAAUCACUGUAGAACUAAACGAUGAAGUUAAAUCGGUUUCCCAAUGAUAAUUAGAAUAUUUCGUUAUUCAUCGAAUUUCAGCAGUCACUUUCCUCAAAUAUUCAUUCGAUAAUUUUAAUUUUGUUACAUUUGACGUGUGUAGGGGUUGGAGUAGUAAUCCAACACAUUGUUGAGUUCUUUUUCUGUAUAAUUAUUCCGUUAGAUAAAAUUUAAUACCCUGUAAUAUAGCUUACGGUUAGUAGUUGUACAGGUAUUUUUUACAGACCAUCUAUAGAUCUAAUAGGUUAUGGUUAAUGAAAUUGUGCUGUGUACCGACGGUGAAUAUCUAAUGUACAGAUUAUAAAUAUCCUGGAAGUAUGCAAAUGUUAGACGCAUGCGUUUCAUAAACAUAUAGCAAUACUCUUUGACACGAUUAUAAAUAAUGAUUAUUGACUGGGUAUGUUUAUUACCUGAUGUCUAACAACGUCUAAGUGCGACGUUGCAAGACCUCUUUGUUAAAUAUCAACGUGUGAUAUGUAUGUAUGACACUGAAAGAGUAUCUGGAUGCUUAGAGAGCCAGUAUAUUUUUCGUAAAACUCCAUUUUGUCUUACUUUAUUUGAGACUGCAAUAGCUUAGUAUAUAAUAUUUCACAGGCCUUCAAAAGGUUAUUCACUUUUAGUGGAAAUUAUGGUAUGCGUUACAUUUUCUUUAGAUGUUAUAAAGUUUGAGAGGAAAAGAGUAAGUUAGUCUAUGAAGUUGGAAACCCUUAACAGCAGGUGACUUCACCCAGUCACGGUUUACCGAAAUAUACAGUGCAAAUUAGUAUAGAACUAUAUUGAGCAGUGUGUUUUCUAGGUUAAUUAGAGCCACUAAGAUGUUAAAAAUCAACAGUUGUAAACCUUAAGUGGUUUUAUUCGUCCGUUUAUUUUUUCUGUUGUCAGUUAGCUUAUUCGUAUUGUUUUUUUCUCCUUAUAAAUGGAUAUUAGCCAAAGAAAUAUUGAUUAACCACCAAUCACCUGAUUUUUUCGAAGUAAAUCUUUUGUAGGACUAUAGUUCGUCAAUAGUAAAUAUAUUUUCUGUGACAUUGUGAUCAAUUUGGCAUCAGCUAAUGUUAUAUAUCUUAGUGGAAUGAACUUUCAUCUAGUGGAUUUCGUUGUCUUAUUCAAUAUAGAUUAUGCACAUUAACGAUUGCAUCAUACAAUGCUAGUUACUGUUCAAAUAACUAUAAAACCUUGUCCUAUAUUUUUGGUCUGUUUACUCAAGGUUGAAAAAUGGUUGAGAUGGAAAACAUUAUGCUUUGAUAGAAGCCAAUUCAUCCUUGUUUAUCAUAUUCAUGAAGUUAUACGUUUUUUUGAUCAUUACGUGUUUGAAUCUUGGUUCACUUAAAAAUGAUAUUGUCCAUCAUUAAUUUGCCCUGAUAAGAUGAUCUAAUAUGGAAUAUUUGACGUCUGUAAAUUGUUCCUAAUUAUUAGGUCUUGGAUCUAUUGUGUCUUAUUAGUGACAAAUACAAUUGACCUAAAGUAAGCUCUGUUGGUGAGUUGUAGGUGCUGUAUAACUUCUUUUUUUCCCAACCCAGUCGCAAUUAAAUAUAAUUUGUAAAAAGAAAAGGAAUAUGAGCUUUCUAGUAGUGAAGUGAAGACAGACUAGAGAAUCGAAUAGAUUUUCUCACCAUUAUUACCACUUCAAAUAAUUCAUUUAAUGUAUUUGUUCCAUAUAUUUGUUUAUUGUCAUUAGAAAUGUUCUCUUUACUCCGAUUUAUAUUAGAUACAUCAAUACUUAGAUCGUUAUGUGAUAGGUCAAGAUAAAGCCAAAAAAAUUCUUGCCGUCCAAGUAUAUGCUCAUUACAAUCGUAUACAGUAUAAUCGGUCACUGGCUACCUCGGAAGAUAAUGGAUUUAAUUCAAAUAAUUUAAACUCAGGGACAAAUGAAGCCAAACCUACUGUAAAUAAUCAUUAUUCCCCAAAUGAAUUUUCGGGUACACGUUCUUGUACACCUGUAAAUUAUCAGAGCAGUUUAAGUCAACCCUCUGUAUCUGAAUUAUUUAAUUUGUCACGCAAUGGUUCACUUAGUUCAUCGAAAAAUCCAUUUACACAUGGAGGUAGUCCAACAAGUUCAUUUCCAUUUCCAAUUACUUUAGAAAAUUUAUCUGAUAUGAAGGAUGAUCGAGAAAAACAUCGUGCCUCACGGAUUCUUAAAGAUGAUGUUGAUCGUCCAUUAAAAUUGGAAAAAAGCAACAUUAUAUUGUUAGGCUCAACAGGUUCAGGUAAUGUGGAUUUCAAAAUUAUUGAUUUUGGAAAAAUAAGUAAUUCCAAGUCUGUUUUAUGUGAAAUAGUUUUUGUCCUUUUUGUCCUUCUUUUUUUGGCGUAGGUGUAUACACUCUCUGUUUUCCCUUAAACUAUGAGAUUAAAAUUGCUUCAUGUCUUUCUUUCUGCGAACUAAUUCUUUCUUCCUGUACCAUGUCCUUAUAUGAAAUCUUUCUUUUAUAUAUCACCACCACUGAAUGAACUACUUCUAUGAAUCCGCUGUUCAUCUUGUUGUGUUAAUGAAUUAUGGCAACUUGGACCUAUACACAUAUGUGCCUGGUAUAUUUUGUAGCUGACUGACUGAGUUCUCUGUGCUUCAUCACUCAAUCAAAAGAAAAAAACUUUGUACGAUUAAGUAAAUUUAUUAUUUAUAAAUAUUCUGACCGUUUACACACUGUAAAUGUGUGUGUGAAUAAUUAAAUAAUUAAAAAAGACAAAUAAUUAUAUUAGUUAUUUAUUUGUGACAUAGUUAAUCAUUAACAUUAAUAACUUAUGGAAUGAUUUGCUCAGAUGAGAAUGGGGACAUGGAAACUUGUAGUAGUGGGUUGUAUUGCUAUAUAAUCCAUUUAUCUACAAUUCAUAAUACUUUUACACGUUAAUAACGCUUUUUUAUUAGUAUACUUCAAGUAAAGUAACGUACGACUUGUAGCAUCAGUUCAAUAUUUUGGAAAUUUAACUGAUUGGUAUGGUGAGUCAUAACCUUAUUGAACAUUCACUGUCUAUUAUAAUAUUAAAAUACUGGUAACAGCAUACGACUCAAUACUUCAUGUUUGUUCACUUAAAAAUGAUACAUAAAUUGUUCCAUAUUCCAGUGAGAGUCAUUUCUAGGUCUCUGGGAUAAGUAUUGAAUAAACAAUGGGUUGUAAUUUGUAUUCGACAGGUGCAGAGAAAGCAGAACAUGAGAUGUGGGUGGUUACAUUCUUAAGUGAAUUAGUUUGCAUUUCUUUUAUGAGUAUUUGUCGUACAGCCAUUUUAUGGUAUUUUUUUAAAAACAAUCCUAAUUGUCACUGGUCUCUUGACACAUUAAUUUCUCAGUGCAACUUAUGAAUUAGUCUUAGGUAGACUACUAUUGGAAAUUUAGAAGCGCUGAAUGACCGUCUUGUCCUAAUAUUGGGACUCCUCAGAAGCGAGCAUCCAAGACACUUCACACGGGGAUCGAACUCAGGACCUUCGAUCUCCCACAUAAACGCUUAAUAUCUAAACCAUUGUGCCGGGAUACAAUGAUAUACAUGUUUAAAUUCAAUCAUAUGCUCACUAGUGACUAGCUUCAAUAUAUAAUUUCUGGAGUUUCAAUGAAAAGCCGUGACCGAUGGAUUUCAACCGCGUUGUGUAUGAGACACUUAUCCACCCCAGUCAGUGGAACAUGGCCAGGGAAUAUCGUGAAUUGAUUAAAGUUAGACAUUUACUAUCUCACGUGCGACACAAAUUGAAUUCAUUGGUCACGGCCUCUCACUAGAACUCCAAGAGUUACAUCUUGAAGCUAGUCAAUAGUGAGCACAUGAUUUCUGUUAUGUUUUUUGAAUUGAAAAUAUACUCGAGUCAGUUAAUCAUAUAAAUGAAUCACCAACUUUUGUGGCAGAAGUGUUAUUUAUGUACUUAAAUUUUGUAGGUUAUAGUACAGUUUAAUCUUGUUUUUUUUAAAUUGUUCACUCGCCAAAAUUAAGGAUCUCGGUCCUAAAAGGUACUUGCUCCUGCUUGUUUCACCAUAUGGCUCUUCUUUUUAAAGACUUGGAAAAUUGGAGAUUUUAUUGGUUCUGUGAAAAUGAUAUAGUUGUGUUGGAGAACUUAGUUCUAACUCCUUGGACGACAUAACUUCGAUACAUUGGGUACCUAGUACUUGCGUCUGAAGGUGAGGUGUGCGUAUAACAUCUUGUUUGGUUGUUGGUGGGAGUUUACUGAUUCACUAUACAACCAAAUAAUCAUUACCUUUUGUGUCAACAAUUUCUUAUAAUAUUCCCAGCCCUAUCUUUUGGUGAUGAAUCCGAUGACGUGUGAGAUAUAUUAAUUAAUGUAUCAAGAUUGGUAUCAAUGCUUACUUCAUGUUUCAAAUAAUAAUACUUCGUUUAUCCUUUUUUAAUCUAUAUUUUAAAAAUGAAACAAUGAACCAUAGUUACAGAAUUUACUUUGAUUAAUUUAUUUUCUUCAAACUCUUAACAUGAUCACGUAUUUUCUUAUCAGUGUGCUCUUAUCCUUUUGGCGUAUGAAACAUUCCAUAUGAUGUAUAAGUAUAUUAUAAUCUCAACAACGCUUGAAAAUUUUGGAUUUUGUUAUUUUUAGGCAAAACACUGUUGGCCCAAACUUUGGCUAAUUAUUUAAAUGUACCUUUCGCUCUUUAUGAUUGUACAAGUAUAACCCAAGCUGGUUAUGUUGGUGAAGAUGUCGAAUCAACCAUUGGUAGAUUAUUACAAAAUGCAAAUUUCAAUGUGGAACUUGCUCAACAAGGUAUAGUGGUUCUAGAUGAAAUAGACAAAAUAAGCUCUAAAACUGGGCAUCAUCAUGCUGCACGAGAUGUCAGUGGUGAAGGUGUUCAACAGGCUAUGUUAAAACUGUUAGAAGGUUCACUUGUUAACGUACCUGAUGUCAAAAGUCCGCGUAAAUUACGUGGUGAAACUUUCUUAGUGGAUACAACCAACAUACUUUUUAUAGCCUGUGGUGCAUUUAAUGGACUUGACAAGAUAAUUAGUCGACGAAAACAUAAAAAGACUAUUGGAUUUGAUAUGUUGACAUCUUUGAAUGAAUCGACUACACAAGAUAAUUACACUUCAUCAGUCAAUCCAAAUACGACAGAUUUUGUAAAUUUAUUUCAAAGUUUUGAAAGUUCAGCUCAUGAAGAAAAUGCUGAACGUGAUAAAUUGUUACAAGAAGUUGAAGCUAAUGAUCUUAUUACUUAUGGGAUGAUACCGGAAUUCGUUGGUCGUUUCCCUAUAAUUACUGUUCUACAUUCAUUAAAUGAAGAAAUGCUUGUCCGUGUUCUUACAGAACCACGUAAUGCACUGAUAAAACAAUAUCAAUUACUUUUUAAUAUUGAUGGUUGUGAACUGAGAGUCACUCCUGAUGCUCUAAAAGCUAUUGCUCGACUGGCAUUAAGUCAACAUACAGGAGCUCGAGGUCUUCGUUCAGUCUUGGUAAUUACAUGUUCAUUAUGUUUUUUUUUGAUUAUUUUUAUUUCUUGUUUAGUGAUUGUCUACUUACAUUUAGUUUAUGUAUAUCAUUCGUAUUCGUCAUGUUUUAUGCUUUUUUCCACGAUUCUCGAUAACGAUAAUUGUUAAAGAAUUGGUUUUUUAAAUGAAAGUUGUUAUGUCCUAUGGCCCGUCAAAUAUUACGUGACAAGAUCGCCAAUCAGAACAACGACUUAUAUGACCUUGUCCGUGUGCUAAACUAAUGAUGCGUUAACCAUCACAACCAGCGUUGAGUCAACUCUGGGUCCUCUGUAUGGUAGGUUCUCGCCUAACCCAGCCUGGUUCAGUUCAGAACACAAAUAUCAGCCUCCGCUAUAUGAAUCGUAUACUUCAGACAUACUUGGUUUAUAUGCAAGCAGACUAGACCACAUCACACCAUAAAAUGUAAAAUAAUAAUUAGACAAGAUAGAGCCAAAAGUGUCUGUGAGUGUGAGAGACUGCAACUAAUAGAUUGGAAAUUAUUUAAGAAUAAUGAAUCGUAUAAUAGUAGCCAGUAAGUCAAAUGAAAGCUUAUAAUAAGAGAAAUAUAAAUAUAUGUAAUCUAGUUACUUGAUAGUUAUACAAUAAGAAUAUGUACAUAUAAUAACAGUCCAUAAAUAGUUCCUAGAAGUUACCCAUAAUUUAAUCUUCUUUGGAUAUGACAGAGGUGGGCUUAUAUCUUCUAAGAAAUCAAAAUAAUUUAGUGUGUUCUUCCUAGCUGUACAAUGUUUGUUGGAAAAUACAAGCAAAAAUAGAAACAUGUUGAAUUGAUUUGACAUAUUCAUUGGACUUUUGUUUUUAAAGUGCAUAUUAUAACCCCCACCUCUCAUACUUAUUCCUCCAAAUUAUAUAUUGUUAAUAAAAUUAGAUGUAUGCUUAAGCAUCAUAUAGAACUAAACAGCUAAACUAUGCCCUCUUUUCUCAUGUUUCAUCCAGUCCAUAGAGCAUUGGUAUAGGUGUUUAGAGCAAUUACACUUUCAACCAAUAAGUCUGAGAUUCUAAUCCUGCACUAUUCGAUUUAAUCAGGUCUCAUACAAUGUUACUUAAAACUGAGUACAUUUACAUAUAGUUUGGUGUUACAUUAAGUAAAAUAAAAUAAUGUCAUUAUAAUCACGCAGAUAAAAUAAUAGUAGUAUCUAUAAGUUUGAAUACUUAUGGGUUUCUAAACAAAACAUAAUUAUGCGAAUAAUGAUCUUAUAUCAUACAACUGAUGUCAAUGGCUCUAAUUUUAUGAUCAGUUUAUUUCAUGAUAGUGUUGGCUGUAUUUAUUAGACAUUUGUGCUAGUAGUAGCGUUGUCGUGACAAUGUUUCUUCCUUGACAUAGAGGGUAAUUAAUAGUGAUAAAAUCGGACCGAGUGCUUAUUUCAGUAGCUUUUUUUUCUAAAGGUUUUAUUUUCGUGAUAUUCACUAUAUCGCUGACUGAAAAUUCAUUUUCAUUAGGACAAAACAAACAUCACAAACCCUUUUGAUGUUGAAUUAUCAGACUAAUUAACUGCAUUGUGCAACUUAUAUUCAAAGAACUGAUAUUUCUUGUUAGUUAUAGUCCACAUUGACAGAAUGACCAAAGCUAGAAAAAUCAUACAUCAAAGCUACAUAACAAGCUAAAAGCAUGUAUAGAUGAGCCAUAAUAAAUAAGUAAAUUACUUAUCUAACCUAGUUCACUAUACAUAUGUCCAUGCCUGGGUUAGUCUGUCUAUGUUUACAAAUACUUGUGAAAUCUGAGUACUUUCAUCCGACCUGUCGCAACACAAUUCUCUCACAGUCUUUUAUCUUCAGUUGAUUAAGCGUUAGGAGCAUGGAUAGUAGUAGAUAUAGGACGUGCGUCGUAGAAACGAUCUGUCGGACUUGCGAUUCGAUUUCAGAAAGAAGAGCUUUUCAACAAAGAAUGUUGGAAAAAGUGGUACCAUUCCUUUGUCUUUUUAUGUAUUGAUUGAUUGAAAUCUAACUCAAUGGAACAAUGUUCUUUCGUUAUUUAUUCUUUUUAAUGUAAUAAAAGUCAUCGGCUAAAUGUAUGAAGCUACAUAAAUUUAUGUCUGACCUAUUCACUUCCAGUUUAUCCAUAUCAUUUAUUCAUAAAUUAUAGAAGGUAUCAUUUGUUGAGGAUGCUAGAUCCCCAGAAAUCACUUGGUUAACGUCUCAUUUUUGUAAUUUUAUUCUAGAAAUUUGAAUUUUUAGUUUUCGCGCCGAAAGAGCCUAUUUUUACCUUCCGAUUGUAUUUUCCAUUUGGUUCAAAUUCAAAUUUCUAAAAUAAAAUUACAAAAAUGAAACGUUAACCAAGUGAUUUCUGGGGAUCUAAUAUCUCCGACAUUAUUGUAGAAUCACUUGCCACAAGACUGAUUGAUCUCUGGACCAUUACACUUUGUAGAAAUUCAUCAACUUCAUUGUUCCUUAAACAAAUGAAAAUACUUUUAUAAUUUCAUAGAUUCAAGCAUUUGAAUAAAGCGAAACAAUAAUAAACUAAUUUUAUUUAUUUGAACAAAUAAAAAUUGGUACAAGGGACACCAAAUAUAUAUGUGCCACACAAUAAAAGGAGGUUGUGAAGCUGUGGAGAAAGGAAGGUAAGUAUAAUCAAAAUAGGACAAAGAUGAAUAGAAAUUAUUGUGAGUGAAUAGUGAUAAGAUAAUAAUAAUAAUAAUAAUAAUAAUAAUAAUAAUAAUAAUAAUAAUAAUAAUAAUAAUAAUAUUGGGAGUAUUUCAGUCAGGAAAAAUACAACCAGAAAGAAUCCUUUCAGUUAAAAAAGUUACGUUCACUUUUAUGGAGGAAUUUACAGUAGGUUCGCCAUUAUCUUUUAUUAUAAGCGAUUUCUGAUAGCGUCUCAAGUUACUGUGUUACGCUAUCUCUAGGACCCUAACCAAGUAGUCAUGAAGAACGAACAGAAGCCAGUCCUGUACAGCUUUCCUUCAUACCACGACACCAUAUCGUGCACUGACCAUCUCCGCUUUUCUUCAACCAGUUACAUCAUCGGCAUUUAUGCACAAUGUAGGACUCGCUGGUACAACAUUUGUAGGACAUGUCUAAGCCAUCAAAGUCGACGUUUCAAGACAGUGACACUGAUUGAGUUGUCGUCACUGUGCUCAAAUACGAUGCUGAACCUCAGCAUUACUAACAUGGUGUUGCCGUUGAACGUAAGCAGGCCUUCGAAGACAACGAUGAUCAAGCAGAUAGUCGUUCAACAUCCUCGACUUGGAGAGGCCAGGUUUCACAAGCAUAAAGCAAAACUGCUCUUAUCGAUGCGUUAUAGAUCCGACGUUUUACAGCCGGACUAGUCAGUCAGCUACAACGUAGGACCAUACACAUAUAUGCAUCGGUCCAAGUUGCCUCACCUCAUUUGCGCAACAAGUUGAACACCAAAUUCAUAUAAGUAGUUACUUCAAUGGUAGUAAUAUUUAAAAGAUUGUGUAUAAGGAUAUAAUACAGGAAGAAAGAAUUAGUUCGUAGAAAGAUAUAAAGCAAUUUUAAUCUCACAGUUUAAGGGAAGACAGAGUGUAUACACCUGCGCUAUUGUGAUCGAUUCUGGGCCAUGUCACGAGCAUUUAUGUAGCUACCCACAUACACGAAAUUCACAACCUAUUAUUGUGUGCACUUAUUGCAGUAAUAUUCCGUCGGAUACCCAAUAAUUUCGAUAAAGUAAACAUCCGAUUUCAAUGUUUUUAUUUCGACUGUUAUGAAAAACUGAAUUUUUCCUGAUAUGUGGGCAAAAAUGUAUUCUUAGUGAUUGGAACUUAAAAGAUUAUUCAUAAUAGAAACGAAUCCUGUAUUGUUCUAAUAUACGAUCGCGGGUUGGUACAAAAAUCAAUAAGUUGUAGAGAGAACUUCUCUCAAACAUUUACCUGUAGCAAACCUUAAGCUUUUCAUCUAUUUCUCUUGGACAAGUGUAUUUGCUCUGUUCAUUACUAGUACUAUUGGUAGUAUUUUCCUUUCGACUUCUGGUUUCCUGUCGAUAUAUUAAAUAGAUAGUAGAGCCCAUGUUUUUUUAAGAUGGUCGGACUUCAUACAAUAAGUCGGGAGUUCCAAUCCUGCUUCAUAUACUUCGGUUUGGACAACCGGAAGCCAUCAUUACUGCUCAUACAUUUAGACUAUGGCUCAGUCAAGUACAUAAACGUGUACUUGUACGAAAUUUGACAACUGUUACGUCAUUUAUGAGCUAACUUUUUAACUGAGUAUCAGCUACAAAUAUAGUUGAAUCGAACUUAAAUUUAUAAUCUAAUGAAUUUAGUUUAAUCAUAUGAAUACCGUUCCUACGGUUCCAAACCAGACAAUUUAUGCCUAUAUUCUUAUAGUUCUCUCUGCAUUUGGGACUCAGUUUUUUCAUGUGAUCAUAUAGAUUGUCUAAAGCCAUCACAUUCUGUCCAAGGCUUUUAAUAGUAUAAUUCUCCAAUAUUCCCUAUCCAUACUCUUCUAAGUGUUUCUUAACAGUAGACUUUACGCGUGAAUAUUGUCAUUUUCUUUAAAGAAAUAAUUUCGUACUGAACUUUUAUCCUAUUUUCCAAAUUAGUGAAAAAAUAAUUUGUUUUUGCAUAGUAUAUUCCCUCAAUCUGAAAAUAUUUGUACUAUUAAUGUGUACUAAUAUGUUAUCUCGCAGUUGUUCAAUUCACCAAUCAGGUGAUGUUUUUUCUCUAUCUAGUAAGUUAAUGAUGAUUUUAUUUUAAUCAAGGGACUUUAGGUUUUCAUAGUUAUUUGUAGAAAUAAAAAUCCAGUUUUGGACAACGUCAUCUGACUUAUGAUCAAAUAAUAAGUUUUGAAUAAAUGGAAGUGUUCAUACUUUAUACAAUAUAAAAAUUGGCAUUGUUUUAAUCCAUGCAGAAUUUAUCGGCAAUAAAUUUAAACAUUUAUUAUAUAUAUCUAGGUAGAAAUUCUCUUGAGAAUUAUAAUAUAUGCAGGGAUGAGCUUAGAAUACGGCCUUGACAUAUUUUAGCCCUACAGUUUAGCAACUAAAUCGAUUGUUUAUGCGAAAUCAAAUAAUAAUAAUAUUACAAAAGGUAAACAAAUUUUCUAUAAUCAAUACAUCGAUUAAAAUCUUCUGCAUUUUGUUUUAUUGUGUUGUUGUGUGUGUAAAUUGAGCACAGAACAACUUCACAUAUAAAACCAUCCAUAUAACAUAUCUACAAAUUUGUAACGGCUGUGAAUUGAAUGUAAAUCCAUGUACUGUUGUGUUUUUUCUUAUCGCUUUGACUUUUGUACACUGAUGUCAUAAAAUGAGAACAAAUCACUUCUAUUUUUAAUAAUUUAAUGUCAACAAAUAUUAUUUUUAUUGCGAUAUAUCAGUUCAAGGAUAGAUUGUUUAUUUUAGUUGGUGAUUUUUAGGCAGAUGGGGUUGCUGACCCCAUGCCCAACUCUCCUUUGCCCGGGCAUGGGACCGGCGGUAACCCUAGAAGAGUUAUAGGUGGAGUUAUUCCAAGGAUAUUAAAGUGAUUUAUUUGUUAAAGGUUUUCAAGAUAUGUACUGAACUUACUAUUUGAUAGACAACUUCAUUUCACUACACUGUUUUGGUUUAUUAAUAAUUUGAGAAAUGAUUAGAUAAGUCACAAUUGGUUAUAUCAAUCCAAAAAGUUAUUAUAAUUGCUAUUUUAGACGAUGGUGGUAGCUGUGAAUCAGUUAUAAUUGUUAGUUAUUAACUUCAAGUGUUACAAUUGAAAAAAAAACUUGUUUUUCUAAUCGUGGUUCUAAUUUGUAUGAACUUCAUCGCCAUUCUCUCACGUAAAAAGAUCAAGCCAGUCAUUUGUAAGUAAAGUGACAUUGUACGAAUGUACCCAAUUCAGUCAGUCGCAACGUAGAAUCUGAUAUGUAUAUAUAUCGGCUUAAGUUGCCAUACCCCAUUGGUACGGUGAGAUGAAAUUGUUCGGCCGAAUCCCAGAGUUGUAAAAGUAGUAACAGUAUUCGUGAUAAUGAUAGUAAAGAUUAGGGAUCAAAAAUAUGAUUCAAGAAAACAUAAAUUCAUAAGAAAAUGUUAUGGGGAAUUCAGAAACUAAGAAUUUGAAGGAAGAUAAAAAAUGGAUGUACAUUUGCCAUUGCAAACGGUUUUCAGCCAUGUCAUUCAAGGUCUCUAACCACCGGUUACGAUAAUCAUGGGGACAACGUGGUUCAGAUAAACUGUCAAUGAAUUCGUGGAUUGGUGACAUUUCUGUUUGUCUGCCGAUAGUUUCCUUCCAACCCACUCCUACAUCAAACAACAUCCCUCGUCGAGGUAGGCAGUGGUUGGGCAAUGCGUAACGUAUGUCCAAAUCAUCUCACUUGAUGAAGAUUUACUACUUCAUCAAUUGAUCUCCCAUCUUUACUUAGUACUCUAUUUCUAAUCUAGGUAUGGCUCACUCUGUGGUCCCAAAAUACUCGAGCAAUGCUUCGAAGACAUCUAUGGUCGAGUACCAGUAACCCACAUGUAUCCUCUAUCCUUAAUGGUUAUACUUCACAGUUAUAAUGUAGAACGGGACGAACUGCUGCACCGUGAACUCGUCCUUUGUUUGGCAGAUGGAUAUCUCGCCUAAGCAACAAGUUGACAAAAGUCAAUCCAGCCCUCUGAAAUCGUGCCAAGAUUCCGUUAGACACCAGAUCAUCAGGUGAAGCGUCCAACUACUUGACUCCUUAUCAUUAAUUCAGGCGCUGAUAUAAGUCAAUCUUUAAGCAUUAUUUUACUUUUGGAGAGAGAGAAUACCAUCCCAAAUAUGUUUGCAUUGUUGUUUAAGUUGGUUAAAUUAUAUGUUGGUAUGAUUUCUAUCAGUUUUUAUUUCUGAGUUGGUGAGUUUAAGGUCACAGUGUCCUUUUAACGAUUAUAUUUUUUUACAAUGAUUUAACCUUGAAUAUUGUAUUUCUGUUAGUUCUAAGAGGAAUUUGUUUGGGUUUGUUUAUGUGUGUGCAAUUAUAUGUCUAUCUAUCUAAAUGUCCUUUAUAUGACCUAGUCGAUAAUAAAUAGACUUAGAAUGGGUUUAUAGAGAAUGAUAUUUUGCUUGUUUAAUUGGUUGUAGAGAUAGGAAACAAGAAAUAAUAAUUUAGUGGAUUUAAUCACCAUGUCGAAUAAACAUGGAUAAAACUCAAUGAGGAACUAUUACUGAAUUUUAAAUUUAAAUAGAACCCUUGAAAUCAAACUUUUAUUCGAUUUUUGUGUUCCAUUUUAUCUUCGAUAUUCUAUCUUAUCAUCAGAUCCUAGUAGAAAUUUAUUGAAUCAUUUAGUUACCUGAAUAACUUCCACAUAAAUUAUUGUUAUUUAUUAUAUAUAACGAGUUAAAAUUCUUGUGAUGAUGUUAGUAGUUGGAAUAUGAAGUUUCACAUAAUAAAUUGUACGGAACUGUGACUCAAAAAUUAUCCAGUUUAAGUUUUAAUGAUUGACUUAUUAACAACUCAAACUUUGCUACUUAUAUGUCCAUUUUAAUAACUAUAUAUCUUCAUUAUACCUAGAAUAGUAAAUGUACACUGACUUGGAUUUGAUUGCUAAACGGUGGUGUCUAGUGGUGAAACUGUUCAUCUCGCAAUCACUAAGCCACACGUUCGAAACCCACACCAUAUUGUGUCAGCAUCAGAAGCCGACUAAUGUCAUUGGUUCUCACAUAUAAAGUAUCCCCAGAAAUCUGAGUACAUAAAUCAGUACUUGAUAAAUAAGUAGUUGCCUUUUCCUUAUUGAGUAAAAUCAAAAUAUUUAUUUACUUUGAUUCUGUUGAGCCAUCGAUUCAGUAUUAUGAAAUUGUUUCUAAGCCAAAUGAAUGAGCUUAUUCUAUGUUGUCAAUUUACCAUAUCUUUUGAUGGAACUUUAUCACUUCAAUGAUUAUAUUAUAUUAUUUUAAAAAUGUACGAUGUUUAUGGAAAACAAAGAAAAAUAUGAUUUCAUUGUUUUAGUUAUAACUUGAAAUCUCUGAUUGGCAUCAUGUGUUAAAGUUACUAAUUAGAAUUCCGAUCAUAAUUUUUUCUGUACCAUAUCUACUAUUUCUUCUAUAGCCUUAAUGUCUUGGACUUGACCAAUUGCACUUCUGAUCUGCAUCGUCAACCAUGAUGUGACGCAACAUAAAUUUCUAUCAGUCCUCUUUACUCAAAUCUUUCCCCAUUCUUUGUCUUGAGUCCUAAGACAAGUCAGUAGCCAACUUCUAUUAUAUACUUGGUUUCAUUGUAACUCAAAACGCAUACAAUCUACUAAUUACCUAAUGAAAGUCUAAAUAACAAUCCAAAAAUUGUUUCGAGAUUUCCAUCUUUUCCCACGUUUAACACCUUAUUAAUAACAUUGAUUCUUCAAUUCAAGUUACUAUACAUAUAUAGUGGAGAUAAUGACCGACCGGUUAACACUUUUUUUGAACCAGUAAACAAAACACCCACAAGGAAAACAAUUUUUAACGAUACUUUAAAAAAUAAUUAGUAUAAUUUGAUUGUCGUUGCUUCUAACACGACAUGAGAAAUAUUUGCAUUGAUGUUACUGCUACUAAUUUUGUAGUAAAUAAAUCUAAGCUGUUAGCUAUCGAAUUAAACUGUCUUACCAACUGAAACUUAAGCUUCUUUAUACAGUUAAAACCAGUUAUAGGACAUUUGGUAGUUUAAUUUUAUAUUUUCAAAGUGUUGUUAGCUUGUAAUUCACUUUAGUCAAGAUUACUUAAUCUGCCUGAUAAUUCACACCCUAAUCGUAUUGAUCCUUGUAUGUGGUUUUCAUGGAUAACUUACAUGCAUUACUGUUAAUUUGAUUAGUUCCAGUGUAAAUGAAAGAAUGAUUCUUAAAUGGUGUAGAUAUUGGCGUUUUAUUAAAUCUUUAUAAUUUUUACAUUCCAUACAAGAAUUAAUUAGACCUAAUUCAAAUUAAUCUAAUUUUCAUUGAAGCUAUAGUGAUUUAGUAUUUUAUAAUGAUAUUAAUAUUAUAAUAACUAUUUUAAAUAUAAUUCGUUGUUAUUCACAUUAUCAAAUAUUGUUGACUGAAUUGAUUUGUAUUGUUCUUUCAUACGUUAUUGAUAUCAGUGUACUUGUUUAUGGAACGCGUGAAAUAUCGUAUCAAUAGAGUGAAAUGUAUAGACUGUGAAUAUAGUUAAAUUGAAAUAUGAAAGUGAUACAUAAAGUAAAUGGUAAUUAAGAAGAUGAGGGAUAAAAACAACUUUUGUAAUAAUCCAAUUUAUUAACAUUUUAAUUAUUCUUUUGUUGAUAUUCUCAACUAAAUUUUUGAUCAGUAUUAGUUUGUAUUAUAUAUUCAUUCUGUAAGGGGAAUAUCAGUAAUUUGAGAUAUUAUAAACCACUUACAAAUGGGAUUUAACUCAUAUCUAUUGAAAAAGUGCUAUUGAUUAUGUGGACUCAAUUGUUCAUGGAUAAACGUGUUGGGUUUUGAAACUCAAGGUACACUGAUACCAAAAUGCAAUGUGGAUAUCGAUAAUAGGAUCCAGGUACAUUCAGCUUACGAGUCUCAAGUAGAAUGAAAUAUCUAGAUUCCAAUGUUGCUAGCUACAAUCUAUCUACUUUACAUAAUCUUUGUAGUAAUAUAAAUAAUAAAGUAUAUUAAAUUAGAACCAUUUUUAUAGACAUGAAUGAAAUCGGAAAGGGAAAGAAGAGAAAGAACGAGUAAGUGAAAAUAAGAUUUAUGGACAAAAGUUAUGGUAAACAAAGGCGAGGGUAUCUAACUAAAUACUUUAUUUGUUAAUUUAUACACUGAUGUUAACAAGUGAAUUUGAUCCGACUUUUUGUUGUUGUUUGGUUUUAUUCUAUAGGAAAAUCUACUCUUGCAGCCACGUUACGAUGUUCCAGGAUCGGAUAUAUCAACUGUAGUUCUUACUGAGGGUGCUGUACUUGGUCAUUCCCCACCAGAAUAUCAUAGAGUUGUAUCUCCUGUUUCGUCAGUCGUUUCAUGAUCUGUUUCGUCAUCCCACUCUUAUAAUAAUAAUAGCUAUUGUUUAUGGAUGUGUAUUCCAAAGCACAUAUACCACAGACACAAAUAUCUAUUCUUUUAUUCAGAUUUUGUUAUGAGUAAAAUACCGUUAUUAUUAUUAUUAUUAUCUCCUGUCUAAACAGUCAGUGAUUGACGAUCGUAAUGAUGAUCAGCUUGGAUUAUAGGAGAAUGAUUUGUAUGAUUGACAGAAGAUAAUUCAGUUCAGUUAUGUUUACUUUUAUUUAUCGUGCUCAGAUUUAUUUUUUAUCCUUCUUGGUGUUUUUUUUGUCUAUGCUGGCUAAUUUCUCACGUGAACACAUUUCAAUAAAUACAUUAGUAUAUUCUAUAUUCUCAAUUUAUUUAUUUCACUCUAGUUAAAUUAAUUCUGUACAUUUCAAGAAGUUUAUGUCGACAACCAUUACUUAUUAAUAGUGUUCAGUUUUUUUGCAUUCUAAUGUAUACAUAUGUUUGGAUUUGUGCCUAUUAUUCAAAGCAAUAUUAGUUUUUGUUGGUCUAUUUCAAAUCAUUUCUAACACGAUGUCAAUUUGUGAUGUUACUGUCUUUUUCUACGAUAGUUAUUGAUCUAUUUCAUGAUGAAAGCUAAUACAAUACAAUCCAUUGAAAUAAGGAGGAUGUAAAAAAAAUUGUAUGAAUUCAGUACUUAAUAGACAAAUUGUUUGUUCCAAUUUAUUGUUAUCAUUAUUAUUUCAAUUUGAUCCCAUUUAUCUUGUUAUCCCAUAAAAAAAUUAUUUAUAUCUAGUAAAACACAUUUGUUAGAUGGUUAUUGUUGUUGUCUUCGUUAUAACUUUUGUCUUGCUCAACCUCGAUCGUUGUUGCAUUAUAAACAAUAUUUAGAGUUUUCUUUUGUUUACUAGGGUUUGAUAUUGUUUGAUUUAAAAUAUUAACAUUUGAGUUUUCUAUAGUUCGCUGGGAUUUAGACAUACAUCUUUAUACGCUAAACUUGAUUGGUAACAUUUUGAGAGACUAUAAUCUGUUCUGCAUGAGAUAUCUUAGUUUAUAGAGCUUUUUAUUGUGUAAUUCUGUACAUAAUCGAUGAUUCGUUUUAUUGAAGUUUCGGUACUAAGUAGUCGGGAUUGCUUGAGGUAAUAGUUAAAUAAACUCUUCUGAUCGGAAGAUUUAUUACAUCUAAAGACUAUUACUUUUAAAUUAAACAAGUCUUUGUCUAUAUGGAUAGUUUGUUUGGACAAUGUUAUUUAAGUGGCAGUAUAUUAAACUCUUUAAUAAAUUCGUUUAAUCAGUGUAGAAUGUAACAUGUAGAUUGAGAAAUACAUAGACUUUGGUGUCUCAGAUAUUCAAUAUGAUAAUUGAAUAGUCUUCCCACUAAACUACUAUCCAAAUGUAUGUGGUGAACAGCCAUUAUAUUAAUAUACUAACCAAAAUACUCUUGUAAUGUUAAACUAAAUCUUAGAGUCUAUUUAUCUAGGUGUUGCCGAACACAUUUUUGGCAGAAGACAGUUUAAUUCUUAUAACGUCAAUAUAGUCUUUUUUAAUAAAAACUCCAUUAUUACUGAAUCUUCUACUUCACUUAUUUAGGCUAGUUAUUUGCAAAUAUAUACUUGCUAAGGUGGUCGCAAGAAUAGUCAAAUUCUAUUAGAAAGGCUAUGAUCUCUAGAACGAUAACCGCUGGCAUACUUUCUGCCAUUUUGAUUUUCCGCACGAUCUUUGCCCUCUGAUUGGCUGUCAUGUUCUGCUACUACAGUAACAACUUUUGUACCAGUUUCAUUUGAGUUGCUUGUUCUACCACAAAUAUCAAGUUGCCUGCAAUUCCAUCUUCCUAUCUUAGCCGUUGAGGUUUGGUUUAUCGAGUAUAAUUCACUGUUGUCAGUUCUGGGGAGAACUGACCGUGUUAGAAUAGCUCAAUCGGCGAGACUAUAAUUUAUGGUCGAAUCAAUCAGGUUUAGGAUAACAGGUCUUGGAUUUUGGCGCGAAAUUCAUCCAACCAUUUGGUUAAAGAUUAUUUUCGGAUUUCAGCUGAUGUCAGUUCGUGAUGAUAAUCAUGGGAACAACGUGGUUCAGAUAAACUGUCAAUGAAUUCGUGGAUUGGUGACAUUUCUGUUUGUCUGCCGAUAGUUUCCUUCCAACCCACUCCUACAUCAAACAACAUCCCUCGUCGAGGUAGGCAGUGGUUGGGCAAUGCGUAACGUAUGUCCAAAUCAUCUCACUUGAUGAAGAUUUACUACUUCAUCAAUUGAUCUCCCAUCUUUACUUAGUACUCUAUUUCUAAUCUAGGUAUGGCUCACUCUGUGGUCCCAAAAUACUCGAGCAAUGCUUCGAAGACAUCUAUGGUCGAGUACCAGUAACCCACAUGUAUCCUCUAUCCUUAAUGGUUAUACUUCACAGUUAUAAUGUAGAACGGGACGAACUGCUGCACCGUGAACUCGUCCUUUGUUUGGCAGAUGGAUAUCUCGCCUAAGCAACAAGUUGACAAAAGUCAAUCCAGCCCUCUGAAAUCGUGCCAAGAUUCCGUUAGACACCAGAUCAUCAGGUGAAGCGUCCAACUACUUGACUCCUUAUCAUUAAUUCAGGCGCUGAUAUAAGUCAAUCUUUAAGCAUUAUUUUACUUUUGGAGAGAGAGAAUACCAUCCCAAAUAUGUUUGCAUUGUUGUUUAAGUUGGUUAAAUUAUAUGUUGGUAUGAUUUCUAUCAGUUUUUAUUUCUGAGUUGGUGAGUUUAAGGUCACAGUGUCCUUUUAACGAUUAUAUUUUUUUACAAUGAUUUAACCUUGAAUAUUGUAUUUCUGUUAGUUCUAAGAGGAAUUUGUUUGGGUUUGUUUAUGUGUGUGCAAUUAUAUGUCUAUCUAUCUAAAUGUCCUUUAUAUGACCUAGUCGAUAAUAAAUAGACUUAGAAUGGGUUUAUAGAGAAUGAUAUUUUGCUUGUUUAAUUGGUUGUAGAGAUAGGAAACAAGAAAUAAUAAUUUAGUGGAUUUAAUCACCAUGUCGAAUAAACAUGGAUAAAACUCAAUGAGGAACUAUUACUGAAUUUUAAAUUUAAAUAGAACCCUUGAAAUCAAACUUUUAUUCGAUUUUUGUGUUCCAUUUUAUCUUCGAUAUUCUAUCUUAUCAUCAGAUCCUAGUAGAAAUUUAUUGAAUCAUUUAGUUACCUGAAUAACUUCCACAUAAAUUAUUGUUAUUUAUUAUAUAUAACGAGUUAAAAUUCUUGUGAUGAUGUUAGUAGUUGGAAUAUGAAGUUUCACAUAAUAAAUUGUACGGAACUGUGACUCAAAAAUUAUCCAGUUUAAGUUUUAAUGAUUGACUUAUUAACAACUCAAACUUUGCUACUUAUAUGUCCAUUUUAAUAACUAUAUAUCUUCAUUAUACCUAGAAUAGUAAAUGUACACUGACUUGGAUUUGAUUGCUAAACGGUGGUGUCUAGUGGUGAAACUGUUCAUCUCGCAAUCACUAAGCCACACGUUCGAAACCCACACCAUAUUGUGUCAGCAUCAGAAGCCGACUAAUGUCAUUGGUUCUCACAUAUAAAGUAUCCCCAGAAAUCUGAGUACAUAAAUCAGUACUUGAUAAAUAAGUAGUUGCCUUUUCCUUAUUGAGUAAAAUCAAAAUAUUUAUUUACUUUGAUUCUGUUGAGCCAUCGAUUCAGUAUUAUGAAAUUGUUUCUAAGCCAAAUGAAUGAGCUUAUUCUAUGUUGUCAAUUUACCAUAUCUUUUGAUGGAACUUUAUCACUUCAAUGAUUAUAUUAUAUUAUUUUAAAAAUGUACGAUGUUUAUGGAAAACAAAGAAAAAUAUGAUUUCAUUGUUUUAGUUAUAACUUGAAAUCUCUGAUUGGCAUCAUGUGUUAAAGUUACUAAUUAGAAUUCCGAUCAUAAUUUUUUCUGUACCAUAUCUACUAUUUCUUCUAUAGCCUUAAUGUCUUGGACUUGACCAAUUGCACUUCUGAUCUGCAUCGUCAACCAUGAUGUGACGCAACAUAAAUUUCUAUCAGUCCUCUUUACUCAAAUCUUUCCCCAUUCUUUGUCUUGAGUCCUAAGACAAGUCAGUAGCCAACUUCUAUUAUAUACUUGGUUUCAUUGUAACUCAAAACGCAUACAAUCUACUAAUUACCUAAUGAAAGUCUAAAUAACAAUCCAAAAAUUGUUUCGAGAUUUCCAUCUUUUCCCACGUUUAACACCUUAUUAAUAACAUUGAUUCUUCAAUUCAAGUUACUAUACAUAUAUAGUGGAGAUAAUGACCGACCGGUUAACACUUUUUUGAAUCAGUAAACAAAACACCCACAAGGAAAACAAUUUUUAACGAUACUUUAAAAAAUAAUUAGUAUAAUUUGAUUGUCGUUGCUUCUAACACGACAUGAGAAAUAUUUGCAUUGAUGUUACUGCUACUAAUUUUGUAGUAAAUAAAUCUAAGCUGUUAGCUAUCGAAUUAAACUGUCUUACCAACUGAAACUUAAGCUUCUUUAUACAGUUAAAACCAGUUAUAGGACAUUUGGUAGUUUAAUUUUAUAUUUUCAAAGUGUUGUUAGCUUGUAAUUCACUUUAGUCAAGAUUACUUAAUCUGCCUGAUAAUUCACACCCUAAUCGUAUUGAUCCUUGUAUGUGGUUUUCAUGGAUAACUUACAUGCAUUACUGUUAAUUUGAUUAGUUCCAGUGUAAAUGAAAGAAUGAUUCUUAAAUGGUGUAGAUAUUGGCGUUUUAUUAAAUCUUUAUAAUUUUUACAUUCCAUACAAGAAUUAAUUAGACCUAAUUCAAAUUAAUCUAAUUUUCAUUGAAGCUAUAGUGAUUUAGUAUUUUAUAAUGAUAUUAAUAUUAUAAUAACUAUUUUAAAUAUAAUUCGUUGUUAUUCACAUUAUCAAAUAUUGUUGACUGAAUUGAUUUGUAUUGUUCUUUCAUACGUUAUUGAUAUCAGUGUACUUGUUUAUGGAACGCGUGAAAUAUCGUAUCAAUAGAGUGAAAUGUAUAGACUGUGAAUAUAGUUAAAUUGAAAUAUGAAAGUGAUACAUAAAGUAAAUGGUAAUUAAGAAGAUGAGGGAUAAAAACAACUUUUGUAAUAAUCCAAUUUAUUAACAUUUUAAUUAUUCUUUUGUUGAUAUUCUCAACUAAAUUUUUGAUCAGUAUUAGUUUGUAUUAUAUAUUCAUUCUGUAAGGGAAUAUCAGUAAUUUGAGAUAUUAUAAACCACUUACAAAUGGGAUUUAACUCAUAUCUAUUGAAAAAGUGCUAUUGAUUAUGUGGACUCAAUUGUUCAUGGAUAAACGUGUUGGGUUUUGAAACUCAAGGUACACUGAUACCAAAAUGCAAUGUGGAUAUCGAUAAUAGGAUCCAGGUACAUUCAGCUUACGAGUCUCAAGUAGAAUGAAAUAUCUAGAUUCCAAUGUUGCUAGCUACAAUCUAUCUACUUUACAUAAUCUUUGUAGUAAUAUAAAUAAUAAAGUAUAUUAAAUUAGAACCAUUUUUAUAGACAUGAAUGAAAUCGGAAAGGGAAAGAAGAGAAAGAACGAGUAAGUGAAAAUAAGAUUUAUGGACAAAAGUUAUGGUAAACAAAGGCGAGGGUAUCUAACUAAAUACUUUAUUUGUUAAUUUAUACACUGAUGUUAACAAGUGAAUUUGAUCCGACUUUUUGUUGUUGUUUGGUUUUAUUCUAUAGGAAAAUCUACUCUUGCAGCCACGUUACGAUGUUCCAGGAUCGGAUAUAUCAACUGUAGUUCUUACUGAGGGUGCUGUACUUGGUCAUUCCCCACCAGAAUAUCAUAGAGUUGUAUCUCCUGUUUCGUCAGUCGUUUCAUGAUCUGUUUCGUCAUCCCACUCUUAUAAUAAUAAUAGCUAUUGUUUAUGGAUGUGUAUUCCAAAGCACAUAUACCACAGACACAAAUAUCUAUUCUUUUAUUCAGAUUUUGUUAUGAGUAAAAUACCGUUAUUAUUAUUAUUAUUAUCUCCUGUCUAAACAGUCAGUGAUUGACGAUCGUAAUGAUGAUCAGCUUGGAUUAUAGGAGAAUGAUUUGUAUGAUUGACAGAAGAUAAUUCAGUUCAGUUAUGUUUACUUUUAUUUAUCGUGCUCAGAUUUAUUUUUUAUCCUUCUUGGUGUUUUUUUUGUCUAUGCUGGCUAAUUUCUCACGUGAACACAUUUCAAUAAAUACAUUAGUAUAUUCUAUAUUCUCAAUUUAUUUAUUUCACUCUAGUUAAAUUAAUUCUGUACAUUUCAAGAAGUUUAUGUCGACAACCAUUACUUAUUAAUAGUGUUCAGUUUUUUUUGCAUUCUAAUGUAUACAUAUGUUUGGAUUUGUGCCUAUUAUUCAAAGCAAUAUUAGUUUUUGUUGGUCUAUUUCAAAUCAUUUCUAACACGAUGUCAAUUUGUGAUGUUACUGUCUUUUUCUACGAUAGUUAUUGAUCUAUUUCAUGAUGAAAGCUAAUACAAUACAAUCCAUUGAAAUAAGGAGGAUGUAAAAAAAAAAUUGUAUGAAUUCAGUACUUAAUAGACAAAUUGUUUGUUCCAAUUUAUUGUUAUCAUUAUUAUUUCAAUUUGAUCCCAUUUAUCUUGUUAUCCCAUAAAAAAUUAUUUAUAUCUAGUAAAACACAUUUGUUAGAUGGUUAUUGUUGUUGUCUUCGUUAUAACUUUUGUCUUGCUCAACCUCGAUCGUUGUUGCAUUAUAAACAAUAUUUAGAGUUUUCUUUUGUUUACUAGGGUUUGAUAUUGUUUGAUUUAAAAUAUUAACAUUUGAGUUUUCUAUAGUUCGCUGGGAUUUAGACAUACAUCUUUAUACGCUAAACUUGAUUGGUAACAUUUUGAGAGACUAUAAUCUGUUCUGCAUGAGAUAUCUUAGUUUAUAGAGCUUUUUUAUUGUGUAAUUCUGUACAUAAUCGAUGAUUCGUUUUAUUGAAGUUUCGGUACUAAGUAGUCGGGAUUGCUUGAGGUAAUAGUUAAAUAAACUCUUCUGAUCGGAAGAUUUAUUACAUCUAAAGACUAUUACUUUUAAAUUAAACAAGUCUUUGUCUAUAUGGAUAGUUUGUUUGGACAAUGUUAUUUAAGUGGCAGUAUAUUAAACUCUUUAAUAAAUUCGUUUAAUCAGUGUAGAAUGUAACAUGUAGAUUGAGAAAUACAUAGACUUUGGUGUCUCAGAUAUUCAAUAUGAUAAUUGAAUAGUCUUCCCACUAAACUACUAUCCAAAUGUAUGUGGUGAACAGCCAUUAUAUUAAUAUACUAACCAAAAUACUCUUGUAAUGUUAAACUAAAUCUUAGAGUCUAUUUAUCUAGGUGUUGCCGAACACAUUUUUGGCAGAAGACAGUUUAAUUCUUAUAACGUCAAUAUAGUCUUUUUUAAUAAAAACUCCAUUAUUACUGAAUCUUCUACUUCACUUAUUUAGGCUAGUUAUUUGCAAAUAUAUACUUGCUAAGGUGGUCGCAAGAAUAGUCAAAUUCUAUUAGAAAGGCUAUGAUCUCUAGAACGAUAACCGCUGGCAUACUUUCUGCCAUUUUGAUUUUCCGCACGAUCUUUGCCCUCUGAUUGGCUGUCAUGUUCUGCUACUACAGUAACAACUUUUGUACCAGUUUCAUUUGAGUUGCUUGUUCUACCACAAAUAUCAAGUUGCCUGCAAUUCCAUCUUCCUAUCUUAGCCGUUGAGGUUUGGUUUAUCGAGUAUAAUUCACUGUUGUCAGUUCUGGGGAGAACUGACCGUGUUAGAAUAGCUCAAUCGGCGAGACUAUAAUUUAUGGUCGAAUCAAUCAGGUUUAGGAUAACAGGUCUUGGAUUUUGGCGCGAAAUUCAUCCAACCAUUUGGUUAAAGAUUAUUUUCGGAUUUCAGCUGAUGUCAGUUCGUGAUGAUAAUCAUGGGAACAACGUGGUUCAGAUAAACUGUCAAUGAAUUCGUGGAUUGGUGACAUUUCUGUUUGUCUGCCGAUAGUUUCCUUCCAACCCACUCCUACAUCAAACAACAUCCCUCGUCGAGGUAGGCAGUGGUUGGGCAAUGCGUAACGUAUGUCCAAAUCAUCUCACUUGAUGAAGAUUUACUACUUCAUCAAUUGAUCUCCCAUCUUUACUUAGUACUCUAUUUCUAAUCUAGGUAUGGCUCACUCUGUGGUCCCAAAAUACUCGAGCAAUGCUUCGAAGACAUCUAUGGUCGAGUACCAGUAACCCACAUGUAUCCUCUAUCCUUAAUGGUUAUACUUCACAGUUAUAAUGUAGAACGGGACGAACUGCUGCACCGUGAACUCGUCCUUUGUUUGGCAGAUGGAUAUCUCGCCUAAGCAACAAGUUGACAAAAGUCAAUCCAGCCCUCUGAAAUCGUGCCAAGAUUCCGUUAGACACCAGAUCAUCAGGUGAAGCGUCCAACUACUUGACUCCUUAUCAUUAAUUCAGGCGCUGAUAUAAGUCAAUCUUUAAGCAUUAUUUUACUUUUGGAGAGAGAAUACCAUCCCAAAUAUGUUUGCAUUGUUGUUUAAGUUGGUUAAAUUAUAUGUUGGUAUGAUUUCUAUCAGUUUUUAUUUCUGAGUUGGUGAGUUUAAGGUCACAGUGUCCUUUUAACGAUUAUAUUUUUUUACAAUGAUUUAACCUUGAAUAUUGUAUUUCUGUUAGUUCUAAGAGGAAUUUGUUUGGGUUUGUUUAUGUGUGUGCAAUUAUAUGUCUAUCUAUCUAAAUGUCCUUUAUAUGACCUAGUCGAUAAUAAAUAGACUUAGAAUGGGUUUAUAGAGAAUGAUAUUUUGCUUGUUUAAUUGGUUGUAGAGAUAGGAAACAAGAAAUAAUAAUUUAGUGGAUUUAAUCACCAUGUCGAAUAAACAUGGAUAAAACUCAAUGAGGAACUAUUACUGAAUUUUAAAUUUAAAUAGAACCCUUGAAAUCAAACUUUUAUUCGAUUUUUGUGUUCCAUUUUAUCUUCGAUAUUCUAUCUUAUCAUCAGAUCCUAGUAGAAAUUUAUUGAAUCAUUUAGUUACCUGAAUAACUUCCACAUAAAUUAUUGUUAUUUAUUAUAUAUAACGAGUUAAAAUUCUUGUGAUGAUGUUAGUAGUUGGAAUAUGAAGUUUCACAUAAUAAAUUGUACGGAACUGUGACUCAAAAAUUAUCCAGUUUAAGUUUUAAUGAUUGACUUAUUAACAACUCAAACUUUGCUACUUAUAUGUCCAUUUUAAUAACUAUAUAUCUUCAUUAUACCUAGAAUAGUAAAUGUACACUGACUUGGAUUUGAUUGCUAAACGGUGGUGUCUAGUGGUGAAACUGUUCAUCUCGCAAUCACUAAGCCACACGUUCGAAACCCACACCAUAUUGUGUCAGCAUCAGAAGCCGACUAAUGUCAUUGGUUCUCACAUAUAAAGUAUCCCCAGAAAUCUGAGUACAUAAAUCAGUACUUGAUAAAUAAGUAGUUGCCUUUUCCUUAUUGAGUAAAAUCAAAAUAUUUAUUUACUUUGAUUCUGUUGAGCCAUCGAUUCAGUAUUAUGAAAUUGUUUCUAAGCCAAAUGAAUGAGCUUAUUCUAUGUUGUCAAUUUACCAUAUCUUUUGAUGGAACUUUAUCACUUCAAUGAUUAUAUUAUAUUAUUUUAAAAAUGUACGAUGUUUAUGGAAAACAAAGAAAAAUAUGAUUUCAUUGUUUUAGUUAUAACUUGAAAUCUCUGAUUGGCAUCAUGUGUUAAAGUUACUAAUUAGAAUUCCGAUCAUAAUUUUUUCUGUACCAUAUCUACUAUUUCUUCUAUAGCCUUAAUGUCUUGGACUUGACCAAUUGCACUUCUGAUCUGCAUCGUCAACCAUGAUGUGACGCAACAUAAAUUUCUAUCAGUCCUCUUUACUCAAAUCUUUCCCCAUUCUUUGUCUUGAGUCCUAAGACAAGUCAGUAGCCAACUUCUAUUAUAUACUUGGUUUCAUUGUAACUCAAAACGCAUACAAUCUACUAAUUACCUAAUGAAAGUCUAAAUAACAAUCCAAAAAUUGUUUCGAGAUUUCCAUCUUUUCCCACGUUUAACACCUUAUUAAUAACAUUGAUUCUUCAAUUCAAGUUACUAUACAUAUAUAGUGGAGAUAAUGACCGACCGGUUAACACUUUUUUGAAUCAGUAAACAAAACACCCACAAGGAAAACAAUUUUUAACGAUACUUUAAAAAAUAAUUAGUAUAAUUUGAUUGUCGUUGCUUCUAACACGACAUGAGAAAUAUUUGCAUUGAUGUUACUGCUACUAAUUUUGUAGUAAAUAAAUCUAAGCUGUUAGCUAUCGAAUUAAACUGUCUUACCAACUGAAACUUAAGCUUCUUUAUACAGUUAAAACCAGUUAUAGGACAUUUGGUAGUUUAAUUUUAUAUUUUCAAAGUGUUGUUAGCUUGUAAUUCACUUUAGUCAAGAUUACUUAAUCUGCCUGAUAAUUCACACCCUAAUCGUAUUGAUCCUUGUAUGUGGUUUUCAUGGAUAACUUACAUGCAUUACUGUUAAUUUGAUUAGUUCCAGUGUAAAUGAAAGAAUGAUUCUUAAAUGGUGUAGAUAUUGGCGUUUUAUUAAAUCUUUAUAAUUUUUACAUUCCAUACAAGAAUUAAUUAGACCUAAUUCAAAUUAAUCUAAUUUUCAUUGAAGCUAUAGUGAUUUAGUAUUUUAUAAUGAUAUUAAUAUUAUAAUAACUAUUUUAAAUAUAAUUCGUUGUUAUUCACAUUAUCAAAUAUUGUUGACUGAAUUGAUUUGUAUUGUUCUUUCAUACGUUAUUGAUAUCAGUGUACUUGUUUAUGGAACGCGUGAAAUAUCGUAUCAAUAGAGUGAAAUGUAUAGACUGUGAAUAUAGUUAAAUUGAAAUAUGAAAGUGAUACAUAAAGUAAAUGGUAAUUAAGAAGAUGAGGGAUAAAAACAACUUUUGUAAUAAUCCAAUUUAUUAACAUUUUAAUUAUUCUUUUGUUGAUAUUCUCAACUAAAUUUUUGAUCAGUAUUAGUUUGUAUUAUAUAUUCAUUCUGUAAGGGGAAUAUCAGUAAUUUGAGAUAUUAUAAACCACUUACAAAUGGGAUUUAACUCAUAUCUAUUGAAAAAGUGCUAUUGAUUAUGUGGACUCAAUUGUUCAUGGAUAAACGUGUUGGGUUUUGAAACUCAAGGUACACUGAUACCAAAAUGCAAUGUGGAUAUCGAUAAUAGGAUCCAGGUACAUUCAGCUUACGAGUCUCAAGUAGAAUGAAAUAUCUAGAUUCCAAUGUUGCUAGCUACAAUCUAUCUACUUUACAUAAUCUUUGUAGUAAUAUAAAUAAUAAAGUAUAUUAAAUUAGAACCAUUUUUAUAGACAUGAAUGAAAUCGGAAAGGGAAAGAAGAGAAAGAACGAGUAAGUGAAAAUAAGAUUUAUGGACAAAAGUUAUGGUAAACAAAGGCGAGGGUAUCUAACUAAAUACUUUAUUUGUUAAUUUAUACACUGAUGUUAACAAGUGAAUUUGAUCCGACUUUUUGUUGUUGUUUGGUUUUAUUCUAUAGGAAAAUCUACUCUUGCAGCCACGUUACGAUGUUCCAGGAUCGGAUAUAUCAACUGUAGUUCUUACUGAGGGUGCUGUACUUGGUCAUUCCCCACCAGAAUAUCAUAGAGUUGUAUCUCCUGUUUCGUCAGUCGUUUCAUGAUCUGUUUCGUCAUCCCACUCUUAUAAUAAUAAUAGCUAUUGUUUAUGGAUGUGUAUUCCAAAGCACAUAUACCACAGACACAAAUAUCUAUUCUUUUAUUCAGAUUUUGUUAUGAGUAAAAUACCGUUAUUAUUAUUAUUAUUAUCUCCUGUCUAAACAGUCAGUGAUUGACGAUCGUAAUGAUGAUCAGCUUGGAUUAUAGGAGAAUGAUUUGUAUGAUUGACAGAAGAUAAUUCAGUUCAGUUAUGUUUACUUUUAUUUAUCGUGCUCAGAUUUAUUUUUUAUCCUUCUUGGUGUUUUUUUGUCUAUGCUGGCUAAUUUCUCACGUGAACACAUUUCAAUAAAUACAUUAGUAUAUUCUAUAUUCUCAAUUUAUUUAUUUCACUCUAGUUAAAUUAAUUCUGUACAUUUCAAGAAGUUUAUGUCGACAACCAUUACUUAUUAAUAGUGUUCAGUUUUUUUGCAUUCUAAUGUAUACAUAUGUUUGGAUUUGUGCCUAUUAUUCAAAGCAAUAUUAGUUUUUGUUGGUCUAUUUCAAAUCAUUUCUAACACGAUGUCAAUUUGUGAUGUUACUGUCUUUUUCUACGAUAGUUAUUGAUCUAUUUCAUGAUGAAAGCUAAUACAAUACAAUCCAUUGAAAUAAGGAGGAUGUAAAAAAAAAUUGUAUGAAUUCAGUACUUAAUAGACAAAUUGUUUGUUCCAAUUUAUUGUUAUCAUUAUUAUUUCAAUUUGAUCCCAUUUAUCUUGUUAUCCCAUAAAAAAAUUAUUUAUAUCUAGUAAAACACAUUUGUUAGAUGGUUAUUGUUGUUGUCUUCGUUAUAACUUUUGUCUUGCUCAACCUCGAUCGUUGUUGCAUUAUAAACAAUAUUUAGAGUUUUCUUUUGUUUACUAGGGUUUGAUAUUGUUUGAUUUAAAAUAUUAACAUUUGAGUUUUCUAUAGUUCGCUGGGAUUUAGACAUACAUCUUUAUACGCUAAACUUGAUUGGUAACAUUUUGAGAGACUAUAAUCUGUUCUGCAUGAGAUAUCUUAGUUUAUAGAGCUUUUUUAUUGUGUAAUUCUGUACAUAAUCGAUGAUUCGUUUUAUUGAAGUUUCGGUACUAAGUAGUCGGGAUUGCUUGAGGUAAUAGUUAAAUAAACUCUUCUGAUCGGAAGAUUUAUUACAUCUAAAGACUAUUACUUUUAAAUUAAACAAGUCUUUGUCUAUAUGGAUAGUUUGUUUGGACAAUGUUAUUUAAGUGGCAGUAUAUUAAACUCUUUAAUAAAUUCGUUUAAUCAGUGUAGAAUGUAACAUGUAGAUUGAGAAAUACAUAGACUUUGGUGUCUCAGAUAUUCAAUAUGAUAAUUGAAUAGUCUUCCCACUAAACUACUAUCCAAAUGUAUGUGGUGAACAGCCAUUAUAUUAAUAUACUAACCAAAAUACUCUUGUAAUGUUAAACUAAAUCUUAGAGUCUAUUUAUCUAGGUGUUGCCGAACACAUUUUUGGCAGAAGACAGUUUAAUUCUUAUAACGUCAAUAUAGUCUUUUUUUAAUAAAAAACUCCAUUAUUACUGAAUCUUCUACUUCACUUAUUUAGGCUAGUUAUUUGCAAAUAUAUACUUGCUAAGGUGGUCGCAAGAAUAGUCAAAUUCUAUUAGAAAGGCUAUGAUCUCUAGAACGAUAACCGCUGGCAUACUUUCUGCCAUUUUGAUUUUCCGCACGAUCUUUGCCCUCUGAUUGGCUGUCAUGUUCUGCUACUACAGUAACAACUUUUGUACCAGUUUCAUUUGAGUUGCUUGUUCUACCACAAAUAUCAAGUUGCCUGCAAUUCCAUCUUCCUAUCUUAGCCGUUGAGGUUUGGUUUAUCGAGUAUAAUUCACUGUUGUCAGUUCUGGGGAGAACUGACCGUGUUAGAAUAGCUCAAUCGGCGAGACUAUAAUUUAUGGUCGAAUCAAUCAGGUUUAGGAUAACAGGUCUUGGAUUUUGGCGCGAAAUUCAUCCAACCAUUUGGUUAAAGAUUAUUUUCGGAUUUCAGCUGAUGUCAGUUCGUGAUGAAAACCAAAUUUAAUUCCUAACCCUAACUAUCAACUGUAAGUCACAUUCCUUAUUCUUCACACAGGUUUAUAACUCCCAUGUAGCCCUAACAAUUAGGUGGACAUUCUCAAGGUCACUUUGGCGUCGCCGAAAGGUCGUCCAUGAAUUAUAGUCUCACCGCUCAGUCGUUUCCGUCCCUAAAUCCGUCCCAUCGUAGGCCAAUAACAAGACACAACAAUACUUUAAAUAUAUUUAACAAAUGAUUAUAAAAAUCUAUAAAACAGUCAUUUCGUUAAAUUAAAACAUAGAUGUUGACCAUACAAAGUAAAACAUUUGGGAGAUAAUGCAACACAACGAGUACAAUCUUAAUCGUAGUUUGUAGUUCUAACAUGGCAUGGUUCCUUCUUUCGUCGAAAGAGUGUUACCUACACCAGUAGAUUAAGCAUGUUUAUUGGAGUUUUGGACAAAUGAACACAGAGAGAAAUGGGCUUUAAAGAAGAUUGAUUUUUAUUAAUUCAUACUGUGGUGUGCGCUAGUGGUGUUGACAGAUGUAAGUGGUAUGUAUCAUCACCAACCGAAAGUGGAAUGCCUGGCGGCAGAAGGUCGAAGAGAAGAAAAUGAGAACAGAGAGUGGUUGGUAUAGAAAUAAAGGGACAAUAAAGUCUAAGACAAUUGAUGGACAUUCUGCAAAUGAAGUAUUUACUGUAUGGUUCCCAGAUUUUAAUGAGAAAUUCUGUAAUUUUGUAUUCAAGUAUAUUCCGUUAUCCCCCCUUGGGUCCUCAUUUACUACAAUACCAUGACCAUAUAUAUAUUACAGUGGUUUUGCUUCGCUAAUCGAUCAGCCCGAUAACCGUUAUAAUAUAAAUCUCAACGGUAUUUAAAAUCAGAAGGCAAUGAGAGGUGGCAACUACAGUUUAUUAGCGGAUAGCGCAGAUCAUAUAGCUAUAAGCAGAUCGAGCGAAUUGGAAACGGAGAGGCGAAUAAGUAUAUACCAGCAAUUAAAUAAGCAAAUUUAUAGUCAAAUUGCAUAAGGGCGCAGCAACGCAAAGUAAAAUCUAAUACUAUAAUUUGAAUACAUAUACAUACAUGGGGAGGAGGAUGAGUCAUCGAAUGAUAUUUAACCGAUCAACAUUUUAGUUCGAGUCUGUCAUGUGAUCUGGUGAUCUUAAUGGUAUAAAGAAAUAUGCGGAUUGUUACUGUUCAAAUGACAUUGUCUGUUAAGUUAAUAAAAAGGCUUAACCAAAAU